AUCUGGUGGUCGCUGACGAUGCCGUGAGAAGAGGAAAACAUCAACAGAGUAAACUUAUAUAGAUAGAGCCUCGCGACGGAGCCGAACCAAGGAUGGACGGAUUUCAUCGACAACCAUCCACAACACCGGCUCGCCUAUCGCCAUACUUCGACAACACGUAACUAUACUUGUAGCAGCUCAUUGUGGGCAUCAUGGCUAGCCUUACCGAAAGGCUUCGCGAUCAGAUUGCUGACCUCCAGCGGGAAGGCCACAGGAAAGCAGACGAGAUCCUUCAACAGAAGAAGAGGCUCCUGGAUUGGGAAGAUUGGGGUACAGGAGCAACCAGAAAGCUUGCUUCGAGAGACGAGAAGAUUAUACAGCUACAGGGUGGAAUCGGGUCCAAGAAUGAGGAAAUUCUGCGGUUGCAGGGCAAGUUAGAUGAUGCAGUACAGCACGGCAUAGAUAUGGAGCAGCACGCCGAUGGCGCUAUACAGCGGGAGCUGCGCACAGUGAGGGACCUCCAAGACGAACGCGCCCUUCGCAAGAAGGUCGAAGCGGAGGUCAAGGCCCUCAAAGCCGAACGCACGAAGAUCCUCGAGUCUCAUGCUACGGCUUUGAAGAAAAGGGACACUGAGCAUCAAAUCGCAGAGCUCCAGGCCAAGAGUAAAGCUUUCUUUGCGGGACGUAAGGCUGAGAGGGAACAUCAAGCAGCAGAAAUCAAGCGCAAGGAUACGGAAUUCGAGACCGAGCGACAGAAUGCGUUGGCCAGCGCCGAGAGUUCCGCUGCGAAGCGAUUGGAGGAGAAGGACAAAGAGCUCGUCAGGCUGAGGAAGGAGGUCAAGGACCUAAAAGUCAAAGUGGAAGCGGGCUCGCAGAAGGAUGCCGAGUUGUCAAGGGCAACGGAAGACAUCGCCAGGCUGGAGAAGGUCGUCCUAGACGCCAAGGCCGACCACGAUAGCCGGCUCGAGGAAAAGGAUACGGAGAUCGCCACUAUCAAGGAGGAAGUCGCAUCGUUGAAGGCGAAGAACGAUUUGAAUGCCGAGUGGUGGCAUAGAGCUUCCGAAGCGAUGAGAUCGUUCCCCGGACGCUCAGAGGAGGAGGACGUGGAGAUGAAUUGAUCGAGUUCACGAACGGAUUUUACGACAAUCAUUUACUUAUAUAACGCUUUCCGCGGAUACGACACAAUAUGCGACAUGUAUCACUUUAGUAUGUGAACGAAAGCAUAUUUCCAAAUGAGCCCUUCCGGAUUUCGGAUCUUGACGAGUCGGCCGUGGGUCUUGCCUAACUUCAGCACUGGGAGCUCCAGAAAACGAUGCAGAGCGACGGCUGCGAUACCGUGUCCGCGACCCCUCGCCAAGGACUGCGUGCCGGCGAGAACAUGUCCCAGUCGCACGCUUCCCGUUUCAGGCUUCGGUGCCUGCAACUCCUGCGAGAGUCAAGAUUUAUGAGCUUGCGGCGAUACAGUCCACCAUUAGUCGAA